GGCCAUAAGAUGGCGCUUUUUAGCUAAGCUUUCCAUAGUGUUUAAGUUUAUACCUUCCAAGUUUGGAGAGCUUAUUAACGCAUGGUGUUAAUGAGUCUAAAUAACUACCAUUAUGAUUACAGAUGCUGCUAAAUGUUUAAAGUAGGUGCGUAAUAUACACCGGUCGUUGACAUUUUAAUUUGGACAAGUACACUCUGGGCUUGAUUGGUUUUCACUAGAUGUGGAUAUGGCAGGGCGGGCACAGGCAUGCCUAAAACUGAUUCAGUAGUGUUAAGACAAAUGCUUUUAAUUUUAUUGAAUUUAAUUGCAUGCAAAUAUUGUAACCAUAAACUGACGUAUCACGUGAGCAGGGCAUGUCACCUCGUCUUCAUGUAAUCUGUUCAAAUUCCAGUUAAUAUAUGACAGGACCAUGGCGUGUUUAUCGUGUAGCCUACAGCAGUGCUCGGUCCUUGUUUAUGUCACCCUUUGAGCCGUGGAUCACUACAUCACACCGGGUCACCUCGUGGCUGGAACCUCCUGCAGGGCAUCGGGCCAGCGCGCGAGUUCCUCCCACUAUUUUCCACUGAGCCACAAGGCGACACUGUGCUCAGACUGACCAGCAGCCUCCCCCGCGGUACACAGGCAGCAGGCGUGUUCCCCCGCUCUCAAGGUAAGCACCUUUAUAGGACCACAUCGCUUUUACCCUCUUUACCGGGUCUGCUUAACUUUGGUACGGAUUUCAUAGUGUUCCGCACCGCGGCGCGCUCCGUUUGGCAGAGAUGCUGAAGCUGCGACUGUAUGAGCUUUACGAGCACAAGCUUUACUUCACUGUGUCAGUGUAUUGGCUAUUAAACGAUGUUUAACUUUUACUGAGUUUUCCCCCUCAGUUUCAUUUAAUCUGUGGCUACGUGAUUAUGCCUAAAACAGAGGUGGAGACUUGCAAGUCGUGACUUCGACACGAUCAGAUUUGAGUCACUAUUUUGAGGACUUGAGACAUGAUUUGAUCAAAUGGACUAAGACUUGGGACGCGACUUGAACUUGAAAGCCAAUGAUCUGGACAGGACUUGAGCCUUGUGUGAACAUGUCCCAUCACACUUUCUUACCAGGAAUGUAACAGUAACUGAGAUAAUGAUAUUGUGUCAUCAAAUGUCUUAAAAUAAAAGUGGGGGCUGUCACAAUAAAUUAGAUUACAAGCUCCAUUGCUUAAAUCCAUUGUUUUGUUGCAGCAACAGCUAAAACAGGGUGAACUAGCCACAUAGACCUUGAUCCUUUGUCUCUGUUCAGUGCAGACUGCAUGACAAAAUAAUUGUUAUUAAGCACUUUUAAAUCUUAAAAAGGGGAAAAGGUAACAACUUUUAAAACUUGCAAAACAACGACCUGAUCUCACCUCUGGUGUUAACGCACACGUAGACUGAUGAUCUGAUGGGAAUUUGCCUCUUAUAUAACAAUGUAUAGACUACACUCAUCAGCAGAGGGACGUGAUGCUCUUCCACUCCUCUUGUUUUAACCAAACGCUCUGUCUGUUUCUAAACAGUGUAGUUAUUGUUUGAAAAUGACCUUAACAUCAGGAUGUUUUCAUGUAAAUGUCUAUAGACUUAGGCUGUUGCACAAGUAAACGAAGUACUUACUAAAUUUGAUGGUUAGCUAUUGCGAAAUCCAGGAAUACAAACUAAGAGAAAAUGUACAUAGGAUACAAAUCGAAUGAGGCAGGCAGUACUUGAUAUGUCUUAGUCAUCUAAUACCUUAAGAGAUCCUUAAAUAAUAGUUUUGAUGGGACACGCAUAGAGUUUGAAUAAACUCCUUGUAUUUUAUUGGUUGAAGAUUCAUCUUUGCAUCCUGCCAUCGUUUAUUCUCAAAGCCAAAGUGUCAUUUGCUGCUUCUAGCUCUACACUCUGUUGUGGCUCAUCCUGCUCUGACUCCUGCAGAUGAUAUUUUGGAGUUGCAUCGCUAAGCAUCCACACAAUAACUACUAUUUAUUCUUUGUCUGUGUGCAUCUGUGUUACUGUAACCCACAAUAAGAAUAUAGUCACAUCAUAUCAUAUCACAUUGCCAGUCAAGGUUAUUUUACAUUCUUGUCCAGUAUACUGUCACAUGUCUCAGAUAUCACAGUAAACCAAUGGUGAAGGUUAAAGACUCAGACUGAAAGAUCCUACAAAAAUAUAGCAGAAUCCUGUCCAAAAUAAUUGUUGUAUUGAUCUUGUGACUGGCCCAAACCAAAGGGUGUUUUGUCUCUCAAUGAAAUGUUUGCAAAAAGUAUUUGCACAUUCCAUAGCGGCAGCCCUGAGACAAAGUAAAACACAUGAUAACUGUGCUGAAUAUGAUAACAAAUUGCACUGUAUCAAGCCACAGUCUGCAGGCAAUCUUUGUAUUUAUACAGAAAUUACAGUUGCGGUUAGUUGUCUUAUCUUUUGUUGCAUUUCUGAAAUGUCUUCACUGUAAAGUUGUAUUUAUUAUGUAUCUUGUUUUUCAGGAAUGGCGACAUUUAAUGACAACUUGAAUAGUCACUUAGAGUCCUGGAUUGGUCCCAAAGAUCCGCGGGUGCGAGGAUGGCUGCUGCUGGACAACUACCUCCCGACCUUUGCCUUCACAGUCCUUUACCUCCUCAUCGUGUGGAUGGGUCCGAAGUACAUGAAGAAUAGGCCGCCAUUCUCCUGCAGGGGCCUUCUACUGAUCUACAAUGUGGGCCUGACUCUACUCUCCAUCUAUAUGUUCUGGGAGCUUGCCUCUGCAGCGUGGUAUGGGAGCUACAGUGUCUACUGCCAAAACACUCACAGUGCACCAGACAUUAUUAACAUUAAAGUGAUGAAAGCCCUUUGGUGGUACUACUUUUCCAAGCUCAUUGAGUUCAUGGACACCUUUUUCUUUAUUCUACGAAAGAACAACCAUCAGAUUACAUUUCUCCACAUCUACCAUCAUACCACCAUGCUCAACAUCUGGUGGUUUGUCUUGAACUGGAUCCCCUGUGGCCACUCCUUCUUUGGAGCCACCGUGAACAGUUUUGUCCAUAGUGUGAUGUACUCGUACUACGGCCUGUCGUCAAUACCAGCCAUGCGCCCAUAUCUCUGGUGGAAGAAAUACCUCACGCAACUGCAGCUUAUCCAGUUCUUCCUCACUGUGGCCCAGUCCUCAUUUGCAAUCAUCUGGCCCUGUGGUUUCCCAUUGGGAUGGACCUAUUUUCAAAUCUGCUACAUGUUUACACUAAUUGUAUUUUUCACAAACUUUUACUUCCAAACAUAUAAAAGACGUAUUGUUUCCUCAAAGGAGCACCAAAACGGCUCUGGUGCUACAAAAGGACAUGCAAAUGGGACUGAGACCUACGCUCACAAGAAACUCAGGGUGGAUUGAUGUUUUGGAACAUCUUUUACUUCCUAGCAUGUAUGAAGUAUGAAGCUAUGUAUGCAUUAUAUUUUUGCUAUUUAAAGUCAAUAGCUUUUAGCCAAAACAUUUAUAACACUUUGCACAAAGCCUCAAAGGUAGCAAUGCACAAUCAAAUACUCUUGUCUUAUACACCAGAAUUUACCUCCAAGUGAUGAUUCAAUCUCAGGAUAGGGAAAUAUGUAAAAAGGGCAAAGAUUAGACCAGUUGGUGUGUUGGCAGGUUUUGUUUACACCACACAUAAUGUAUCCAGGGGAAAAGUGUGGUGAUGGACUUUAUCUCACUCCUCUGCACUGUUGUGUAAUAUUUAAAUUGGCCAAGUGUUGAAAUAUGAUGCAAUAAUAUAAAACAUAUCCAGUGAAAAAGCAAUAAACCACUAAAUAAUCCUCUAAACAGGUUUUCUUUGCAGUGUAAAUGUUGCUGCAGCAAAACUAGAAUUUCUGUUUGAAUCAAUAAAAUCUCUCUCCAUAGAUCUCUAAUGAUUAACAUAAAAUGCAGCUAUUCUUUUAAUUAGCUAUUUCAAAGUAGACAUUAGACCUGCAUCUAGUAAUAACUGACAUUAUGUAACAACACAUCAAGUGAAGAACGUUAUGUUUGCAGAUAAAAGGAAUUCACUGUCAUAUUUGUAAGGAUUAACCGAGGAGCAGUGCGUUACACUGUUUUAAAUCUAGAGUCUAGAACACCACAGCGCUGUAGUUGUAGCUGUUUAAUCCACUUAUAUCAUCGUCCCACCUGAAAGUACUUUUUAAAUCAGACUGUUUGGCUGUCCAUGGAUGUUCAAAGCAUUAGUUAUUUCUGUUUUAGUUGAAGCUAGUCCCUCCUAAUAAAAGUAGUUCACUUGUUUAGCUGUUCACCGUUAUAGUGAUCCUCGGAGCGUAGUGAUAUAGAACAGGGAUUAACUGUUGCCGAACCAUAAAAAAUACUGCAGGGCAUUUAGUCUUAGAAUUCUCAUUGACCUACAAAUAAUUGCAUAUAUAUUGUAUAUUGUACUUAUGCUUCAAUAUAAUCAGGGAUAUUGAAACUUUAUUUAGUUGAUCAUUUGAUUCAAAUAUGUAUCUGAAAAGCAGCUUUAAAUAAUUUGGAACAUUUCUCAUCAGUUCACACAGUUCUCAGGCUCUUUGUCAGAACACUUGACACUUCUCAUUCACAAACACACAUCAGAAUUCAACUUGUUUUUUCAAUACGGGACUGUUCUCAUAUGGUAAAAAACUUUGGUUUAAACUCUGUUACUUUCAAUAAAGACAUUUAAACAUAACAGCAAAAAGCAAAUAUCUAUGAAUCCCAAAAUCUAUCAACAAAAGAUUUCAUAAAGGAGAGACAUCCUACACUAUAUUUCGUGUGCUGUUGGUGUAAAUGUCUUUGUUUUACCAGAACACAUAAAUUAUGUAAAGCAAAUGUUUAUAUAUUUGCUAAUCUGACAUCUCUUCAUCAGUAUUUAUAUUUGGAUAAAACGCUGUAAAAUCCAGUGUAGAAAAAAUUAAUAUGUACAUGCACUGUAUUUUAAUUAUAUUUUUUUUACAAAAAAACUUUGAAUAUAUCGAUAAAAAUACUCUUCUAGAACCAAAUGCCUAUGUGUAAAAUGUGAACCCCAGUGUAAGACUGCACUAAACCAGUGAUUCUGUCUCAAACUCAAACCAUAACCCUGUUUGAGAUUCUGUGUGAGCUGUUUUGCAAAUGUCAAUUUUCGAUUUUUUUUCAGUUGCCUUGACACACUGCUCUAACUAUAUAAUUCACUUUUGGCCAUUGCACACGGCUUGGUGAGGAAAAUGUAAGAAUAAUUUAGAUAUGUGAAAAAUCCCUCAGUCGUCCAGGAAGAAUCCAUGGUAAAGGAGAGAAAUCAAUGUCAACUGGACAAAAAUUUUUAGUUUGGUCAAAUACGUUUCGCAGCUCAUCCAAGCUGAUUCUUCAGUUCUGAAGAAGUUCAAACGUAUUCGACCAAACAUAAUUUUUUUUGUCCAGUCGACAAACUGAUUUCUCUCCUUUAGUUAUUGUUAUUGCGGAUAUUCGCAUUGGGUUAUUAUUAAAAAUAAAAUUCUGUUCUAAUUCUAUAGAUAAUUACUGGCAAGCACUGGUUGUAUUUUUCAAACAAAGCCAUAGUUACCAUUUACAAUAUAGAUCAUAUUUAUUGUUUUAGUUUUUUUACUGGUCCCUCUAUAUAAACACAUUGAAAUAACAGUAAUGUGACAUGUAGUGUCAUGUAUAUUGCUUUGUAAGAUGAAACUGCGAAAUAAAAAAUAUAUAUAUAUUUUCUGAACUUAGCUCCAGCCUGAUUGUACUUUUUCACUAAUAAAAACAAUAUAUUUUCCAUGCAGACUGUUUGAAAGCAGUUGUGUAAAUUGAUAGACUAUGAACUGAUUAAAAGGUGGUUAGGCGUUUGUGAGGAAAAGGUAAAUAAGGCUAGAAGGCUGGAUCUGUUCACCACUGUUUAUUAGAUGUAUGCACCAUUAAAGAUAGAGAUACUUUAAACAUUCAUUAAUAAGAUUCAAGAAAUGCUAAUUAUUUUAGCUUUGAUUGUGUAAUAUUUUCUGAAAUCAGAAAAAUAGGUUGUUUCUAUAACAUAAAUCUAAACAUAUAACGUGCCAGUGUAUUCCACACUGCAGUAUUGAGAAGAACACAAGUGGUGAAUGAACUUUGAUGUAAUCAUUGGUGAAAGCAUGAGCUUAGAGUGGCUGGUUUGAGAAAGCUGUGUAACUCUUCACUCGAG